AUCCAGUUCAGCAGCUGAAAUGUUUCAAGCAGAUAGCUUGUUUGAAGAUAACACUGGGGUCUCCUAUUUUGGAAGCUGAAGGUAUCUUUUUCAAUUAAGAUCUGUCAGGGUUUUGUAAACAGCAGCAAUGAGAUUGGAGAGCCCUGCAAGUCACAAGGCAGAUCCAGUCCCACAUCUCUUGGUAACUACAAGAAGUCAAUGACUUGCUGGCCCUCAUUAUGAUGAUUAGUCUGGUUUUCUCUGUGACUCUGGUCUUCCUGAUACUGCUAGGGUCUGGAAAUCCUCAGCAUCUUGCAGACGAGUCUUGUUCUGUGCAGAUACUUGUACCCGGACUGAAAGGGGAUGCUGGUGAAAAAGGAGAGAAAGGUGCUCCAGGAAGACCUGGCAGAGUUGGUCCACCAGGAGAGAAAGGAGAAAUGGGUGAAAAAGGAAUGAAGGGAAGUAUGGGUCGUCAUGGGAAGAUUGGACCUAUUGGCUCAAAAGGUGAAAAGGGUGAUAUCGGGAACAUGGGACCACCUGGGCCAAACGGAGAUCCAGGCAUCCCUUGCGAAUGUGGCCAACUCAGAAAAGCUGUUGGAGAGAUGGACAUUCAAGUGGCAAGCCUAACAACAGAAUUAAAAUUUAUAAAAAAUGCACUGCCCUCCCCCGCAGUUGUUGCCGGAGUGCGUGAGACGGAUAAUAAGAUCUACCUACUGGUGAAGGAAGAAAAGAAGUACAUUGAUGCCCAGGCUUACUGCCAAGGUAGAGGCGGAACUCUCAGCAUGCCUAAAGAUGAGACAACAAAUAAUCUGAUUGCAUCAUACAUCAACCAAGCAAGCCUCACAAGAGUUUUCAUUGGGAUCAAUGACUUGGAAAAAGAAAGCCAUUUUGUGUAUUCUGAUCGCUCCCCACUGCAGACCUUCAACAAAUGGCGCCAAGGAGAACCUAAUAAUGCUUAUGAAGAGGAGGACUGUGUUGAGAUGGUUGCCUCGGGAGGAUGGAAUGAUGUGUCGUGCCUCAUUACUAUGUAUUUUAUUUGUGAGUUUGACAAAGAAAAUUUGUAAGUUUGUUUCCUUUAAAAAAAUUUACAAUUUAAAAAAAAAUUACAUUUAUCAAUAGCGCAUAAAAACACCCUUUUGUGUUAAGUUAACUUUUUCUACUUGAUGUUUCAUUUAUAGCAGUUUAUCAGAUUUGAAAAGAACAGUCAUGGCUAAAAUUGUGUCAUUGGUACAAAUCGUGCUUUACUUCACAUUGCAGGAUUUUUGGUUUUGGUCAGUAUUUCGUUUCAUUUAAUGCUUUCUCUGAUGCUAAUUAUUGAGUAAAUCAACCAUAUUUCAGGAGAGAAUUUGUCCAGUGCAAUCUCAUAAACACACUCCUUCUUCAAUCCCCAUUAUGGCUGGGUUU